UGCAACCCAUGUCCUUGAAACAACACACCCACUCUUUGACCUUUCUCUCUCUUCAACUUUCUCUCUCUAAAACUACAUACGCUUUAACCCUUCCCCAAUCUCAACCUCCAAAACACCUUCAACAAACACUCAAAAUCACCUUCACAUAUCCAAAAUCCUUCUGGAUCUGCUCCCAAUUUCUCUCCCAAACCUAGGGUUUCUUACCAAUUCGUCAAACAGUUCUUCAAAUCAGGUCAAAAUUGAGCUAACAUGGGUUACCAGAAUCCAGAAUUAGGUCCUGAUUGAAGCGAAAGUAACAAUUUUCUGCGGAAAUUGGGGAUUUUUAUAAGUUAGCGUAGUUGUUGAGGAUUUUAGGGUUUCUGAAGAAGGUGUGUAUGAAACUGUGAAGGAAGGAUGUUUUAUUCGCAGUUUAUAUUAGCGAAAAAGGGUCCGUUAGGGACGAUAUGGAUCGCGGCGCAUCUCGAGAGGAAGCUUAGGAAAAAUCAGGUUGCUGAUACUGAUAUUGGUGUCUCUGUAGACUCAAUCCUAUUUCCUGAGAUGCCUAUUGCACUGCGGUUGUCCAGCCAUCUGUUGCUUGGUGUGGUUAGGAUUUACUCAAAAAAGGUCAAUUACCUUUUUGACGAUUGCAGUGAGGCUUUGCUUAAAGUCAAACAAGCUUUCCGGUCAACUGCUGUGGACUUGCCACCUGAAGAAUCUACUGCUCCUUAUCACUCAAUAACCCUGCCAGAGACUUUCGAUCUAGAUGAUUUUGAGCUGCCCGACAAUGAUCUGCAGGGUAAUUAUGUUGAUCAACACAUCAGUUCAAAGGACCAGAUCACACUUCAAGAUACUAUGGAGGGCGUUGUUUAUACUACAUCUAAAUUUGGACUUGACGAGAGAUUUGGUGACGGUGAUGCAUCUGGUUUAGAUCUUGAUGAGGAACUAUUGGCCGAGAAGGCUGCAACGCCUGAACUUGCUACUGGUACAUUGAAUUCAGAUGAUGAUCCUCAGGCAUCUGUCCAUGCUAAUGAUAGUGGUGGCACUCCAAAUCAGGAUAUAGACGAGUAUGACGGAGAUAACGAACCGGUUGACUAUGCUGAAGCUCCAUCUACUCCUGGACUAUGGGAAGAACCGAAUUUGUCCAACAUUCAAGAAACUUCCACAUGUGAUGAUCAUCAGGAACCAGAAAAUCACACCAUUACAGAAUUCGGCGUAAAGGAGAAUUUAGAAAACGCUCCACAUCAACAUCAUCAUAAUCAAUUAGAGUCGCAUGAGAACUCGCUACCACAUGUUGCAGCAGCAACAGCAAACGAUAUCGGUUCAACAAUCUUUACAGAAUCCCGUUCAGCUGAACCUGUUAUCCCCGUGUCUAAUGAUCCUGUUCAAGUGGAAACUUUACCAAGUAAAAAACUCAUUGACGGGCCGCCGCCUGGAUUUCAGAUUCCCAAUGAUAACCGUGAAAACUUUGUAGAAUAUCAAGGAAAUCAAGAGAAUGCAUUCCGUAUUACCACCGUAUUGGAAUCAAACGCUGAAAAAGACAGCGUUGUUAGUACUCCGCAACAUCAUGCUUCUUUGGGACCGAAAGAUUCUAAUCAAGUUCCGUUUCCUCAUGCCAGCAUGGCGAAUUCUGAUUUGCCUGCUAUUAGGCCAUGUGUCACUUUCCCGAGCCAUGAAAGUAAUGGACCACAUGUAACUGAACCAUUGAUUAAAAACGUUCCGGAAAUUCAUCAUGCGGAAAUUCGUCAGAAUGAUGAAGUUCGGGUGGAUAAUGCAGUCCAAAGGGAGGUUCAAGUAGAAAACAUCAACAGCUACUCAAAUGACUUUUCUGCCCCUGUAAUUCAAAGGGAGGUUCAAGUAGAGAACAUCAAUAACUACACAAAUGACUUUUCUGCCCCUGUAGUCCAAAGAGAGGUUCAAGUAGAAAACGUCAACCGCUACACGGAUGACUUUUCUGCCCCUGUAAUUCAACGGGAGGUUCAAGUAGAAAACAUCAACAGCUACACUAAUGACAUCUCUGCCCCUGAGAAACGGCUCCCUAUGCCACAUUGGCUUUCAGAUGUACCCAAGAACUUCGUACCGGAAAGUACACCACUUGAAACCGACAUAACAUCGGGAAAAAAACGCACUUUCACUGAAAGCUCGAUGACUCCCCACAGUCUAAAUCUAAACGAAUCUUCGGGUUUAUAUCCCACAAGUAUGACUUCUCAGAGCUUCAAUUUAAAUCAGUCUUCGGGUUUAUUCACCACAAAUACGCCUGCUCAGAGUCUAAAUUUAAACGAGUCUUCAGGGUUUUUCACUACAAAUACGACUGCCCAAAGUAUAAACUUGAAUCAAUCUUCAGGUUUUUUCACUACAGAUACGAUUGCCCAGAAUUCAAAUUUGAACCAAUCUUCUGGUUUUUUCACUACAAAUUCGACUGCCCAGAAUUCAAAUUUGAACCAAUCUUCGGGUUUUUUCACUACAAAUACGACUGCCCAGAAUUCAAAUUUGAACCAAUCUUCGGGUUUUUUCACUACAAAUACGACUGCCCAGAAUUCAAAUUUGAACCAAUCUUCGGGUUUUUUCUCUACAAAUACGACUGCCCAGAAUCUAAAUUUGAAUCAAUCUUCGGGUUCAUUCACCAUAAAUAUGAGUGGACAACAUGUUAUGAAUGAUGAUGAUUUGUUGUCUUCAAUAUUAGUUGGGAGAAAAUCUUCGAUGCUAAAAUCGAAACCCGCUCCCCCUGUUGUGACACCAUCUACAAAACGAAGGCGAUCAUCUGCACCCAAGACCAGUGUUAUGAAAAGGAAGGUGCUCAUGGAUGAUAACAUGGUUUUGCAUGGCGACACAAUACGUCAGCAAUUGACAAACACCGAAGACAUCCGGCGAUUAAGAAAGAAAGCCCCUUGCACUCGUUCUGAAAUCUCGAUGCUUGAGAAACAAUUCUGGGAAGAUGAACUUUUUAGUGAACCGAUAUUUACUGGUGUGUCGAUCAAAUUGGCGUCUUUGCACAAGCAGUUAUAUAAUCUAAGUAAAAUUGUCGUCUCUCAUAAUGAUGCUUCUUUAGAAAGCGAAAAAGACCCAAAAUCGAUAUCCCAGAACGUUGAAAAGGAAACACAAUUAGAAGUCAGGCCAGAAGUUUCUAAACAAAAUGCCAACUUUGAACCUGUUGCAGAGCAGCCAAUCGAGUUUCCUAUGGUGAGAGACAAUCACACACACGACAACAAUACGGUCAAUUUGGACUAUUACGAAAGUCAACCACCACAGAUGGUUGCAACCGAACAUGUGGCCAAACCCUUCAAUUCAGAACAUGAUCUUUUUAAUCAGAGCAGUGCAAUGGAGAUUGACCCAAAAAGCUUUCCAGAUGCUGAUAUUGGUGUUUCUGUUAUGCCUACUGAGGUUGAACCACCGACACACGCUGAUGUGGACCAUGUGGUUCCAAGUGAUGCUUUUGACAUGUCAGCAGCAAUGGGUGAGGUUCAGGUGGAUGCGGAUGCUUCUCUGCAAACCGAUGUCCCAGUUGUCAGUUCGAGUGAAAAAGUAGACGAGGAUGCAGCGUUAACUUCAAAUUUUGACUUGGAUAUAAAUGGUACUAAAUCUAUUGAAAAUGCCGUAGCUGCUGAGAUAAAUAUCGAUGUUGCUCCGGUUAGAGAAAUGUCGGUAGAGAAACAAGAUCAAGACAGUGAAUUCAGGAAAAACGAAGAGGUUGUAAACGAGGAUGCAGCGUUAACUUCGAAUUUCGAGUCUGAUGCGCAGAAAUCGGUUUAUAAUGGUAUAUUUGGUGAAGAAUACGGAACAAUUGGAGCAUAUGAUACUGAAGUAGAUCCGAGUUUGCCAAAUGUUUCACUGGACGAACGAGAAAAUACAGGUCAUCAGGUUACUUUUGAGACGACUGAAAUGAACGCAGAAGAUGUCUCCGCGGACCCCGCCAGUAACAGAGUUGAUGAUGAUGAAUCUACUCACCCUGCAGUUGAAAACAAUACAGAUUUUCUGAACUUCGAUGAUGGUGAUGAUGACGGAGCGGAUGCCGGUGGUGAUUACGGGACUGAUGUGGAAGCCACACGGGUGAUCGACAACAGUGGAUGGUCUUCGCGUACAAAGGCUGUUGCAAGAUACCUCCAAGUAAUGUUCGAUAAGGAAGGAGAGCGUGGAAGAAAUAUGAUCGCUGUGAACAAUCUACUCGUUGGUAAAACCCGCAAAGAGGCAUCAAGAAUGUUCUUUGAAACACUGGUUCUGAAGACUAAGGAUUACAUUCACGUGGAGCAGGCAGAUCCGUUUGGAGACAUAAAUGUUUUCCCACGGUCGAAGCUUUUGAAAUCCGACUUCUAAUACUGAUUAAAAAAACCGGUGAGCUGCUUGGAGCUGGAUGAUUGUUGUUGGUUAGAUAUCUGGUGUAUGUUCUUAGUAAUUUUAGUUAUGUUGGUAAUUUUAGGCGUGGAGUUGAGUAGAUUAUGUAGCAUUUGUGAUGGUUUAAGCGUCUAUGAUGCUGUAUGGAUCAUAUUUAUUUGUAUAUACCGUAUAUAUCCACAUCACAUGCUAAUUUACUAGUAUUAUUGUGUGAGUUA